AUGUCCACUGGCAAUAUCGAUACUGAGGCAAGGACACAUCAUCUCUCUGGAUAUCCGUCUCUUGCCCACUUCAUCGCAAGUGAUCGCGAUCGAACGACCCUCAUAUUCAAGCGAUACGAUGAGCUCGCUGCCCGAAAUCUGCUCUAUCUGCAAAGCGAGCUCGCCGAACUCCAGGCAAAACAACGCGCUUUUGAUCAAGAGGAUUUGACAGCAAAUCUAAGCAUAAAGCAAUGUGCACGCAACUAUUCAGACUUUGAGAAGGCAGUGAAGGCAGACGAAGCCAAACAAAAGGAUCGAUGGAAGUUGAUGAAAGAUAUCCGGGAAACAUUGAAAGAGUACCGAGAAGCACUACUGUUCGAAAGCACAUUAGCGACACUUCCAAGACCACCCAAAGAUGUUCUACGCGCUUUCCAAAUGGAAUUUUAUAACCAGAUUGACGGCAAAGGAGAGCCUUUUCCUACUCUCGGAGGACAUAGCGCUGGGAUAUAUGAUGAUAUCGAUGACUUGGUCGCUUUGCGGGUACAAGACGAUCAGGAUCGAUUAACGACGUUUGCGCAGGAGCAUUUGGCGUUCUUGUUCCCGGAUCGCAAGCGCUCCGGCAACGGCAUAGCCUACGCUUCGGACCGCGCCAUUAGCUCCUUUGUAGCGUAUUUCAGCACCUUCUUAGCAGCAUUACUGCUUAUAGGCGCAAUUGUCGUACUCUACAAAGUAACAUAUGCGGCCGUCCUCGUAGUCUUCGUAAGUGGGGAUCUAGGAAACAGUCAAUCGAGCACGGCGCCACCAGGCUGA